AUGAAGAAUGUUCAAGGUGAAUACCGUAAAGGACCUUGGACCGAACAAGAGGACAUCCUCUUGGACAACUUUGUCCACAUGUUCGGAGAUCGAAGAUGGGAUUUUGUAGCAAAAGUUUCAGGUUUAAAUAGAACAGGAAAGAGUUGCAGGUUAAGGUGGGUUAAUUACCUACAUCCUGGUCUUAAACGUGGUAAGAUGACUCCUGAUGAAGAGCGUCUUGUCCUUGAGCUUCACGACAAAUAUGGAAACAGGUGGUCGAAAAUCGCCCGGAAAUUGCCGGGUCGAACAGAUAAUGAGAUAAAGAAUUACUGGAGGACUCUUAUGAGGAAGAAGGCACAAGAGAAGAAGCGACCUACGUCGCCAACUUCCUCAUCUUCGAACUUGUGCUCAUCAUCUAUGACCGCUGUAACUACUCAAGACACUGGAGGAUCCAAUGGGAAAAUGAAUCAAGAAUGUGAAGAUGGAUACUACUCGAUGGAUGACAUAUGGAGAGAGAUUGAUCAAUCUGAAGAAAGCAUUAGCAAACCGGUGAAAGACAUGUACUACUCAGAGCAAAGCUGCUACUUGAACUUCCCUCCUUUGGCUUCUCCAGCAUGGGAAAGCCCCUUGGAGUCUAUAUGGAACAUGGAUGCAGAUGAAAGUAAGAUGUCUACUUCUGCCAUUGAUCACUUUCCUCUGACGUUUGAACAUGGUAGACCAUCGUGGUCGUCUUUUGUCUAGGAUUUGUAACAUUUUAAUGUUUAUAUAUAUGUACAGCCUAUAUAUCACCCAAUGUACUAAUCUCAUGUGUAGUCAUCAUCAUCAUCCUAUGUCGUGUCCUUCAUAUAUGUUAGUUUUGUGGAGUGCGUGAAAAUAGUCAUAUCCAUCUCUUCUUCUUACAGAAAUGCC